CCCAUUCCUUUCACAUAACGUGUAUACAGUUCAAGGGAAAUUUUGAGAAAAAUGGAAUCAAGUGGCCGACGGUCGACCUCACGCCCGAGACCUUCCUCCCGUCCAACUACACCCCUCCGUCCGAGCUCAAGAUCGUCUCUCCGUGAACAGAGCUUUGGAGGCAGCCUGGGCGGUUCACAUUCGAUGCAGCCGGCGAUCAAUGCUCUAGAACCACAAUUCGCAGAGCUCUCCGAUUCCAUGGCUGACCUGGAAGCUAAUUUCAUGCACCUCCAACUCCUACAUGAGAGUCUUUCCCGUUUCAGUGAAAGCUUUGCUAGCUUCUUGUAUGGGUUGAACAUGAACGCGUUUUGCGUUGAUUUUCCGGAGGCCCCUGUCCCAGACUCAUUUCGGCGAGCAAAGGAGGCUGCCGCGGAAUCCCCCCCAACUCCCGAGCCAACCCAGCCUGAAGUCGAUCCCGAAACCACUUUCUUGACAACCGAUACGUCUUUCGUCGAUAAUCCGCCCACGUCCUUGAAACAGUGCUCGAAGUUCUCUGCACCAGGCGCCUCCACGACUUCGCCAACAACGGGUGCAAGUCGAGGAGGUGCAAGAGGUCGGUACACUACAAGAGGGACCACGGGCCGGCAGCAACGAGGGAGCGGCCUAGCAAGGCCUCGGGGAAGAGGAGUUCGCUGACUCCCACAACAUCGGCUCUACCGAACACUAUCCCUUUGUUUGGCUUAAAAAUAGAGCAUAAGUGCUGUUUGUAUGCACUUUGUCACCGUUCAAGAACCGUGGCUUUCACUGGAUCUGCGGCCCGAGAACUCUUUUUUUUCUUUUCUAUUUUGACGAAAUGGUGGAAAGGUAUACGCGCUACGCGCUGAAACCUCACGGCUACCACCCAACGUCCGAAAUAUUUGGCACCAAGGGCCAUCUGCGGGGGCAAUAACUCCAAAACAAGCAUUUCCCGCUUUGGGCUCCGGGGAUGUCCAUGGAGUUUCGCUGCAAUGGCCUAUGAAGGCUCGAAAUUUUGCCACGAAUAUACUUUGGUUGAGUGGAGCCACUGGCUCCAAUGAAUAGGUUCAAUACGAGAAUGCUAGCAAUAUCGCAUUUAUCACCCUGUCAUACGCUGUAUAGCUUUAAUCUCUCUCUAGCAUUAUGAUCCCCAUAGUGUCAUUUCAGACGGGCGAUUCGGGAGAAAGAGUAAGGUCUUGCGGUUGGUGCCUUG